AUGUGUAAACCCGACGAAAAACCUUUGCCAGAUCCAUCUGUUGUUGGCGUAAUGGAGGCCUUAAAGGCUGCAUAUGAGAGAAAAGUGGUACCAUCUGAAAGACGUUAUUUAUACAGUGAAUUCGACACGCCACCAUUACGUGAUCAAGAAUUUAUGGGUAAACCUACGAUACUAUUACUUGGUCAAUAUUCGGUGGGUAAAACAUCAAUGAUCUCAUAUUUGUUGAAUGGUAAUUAUCCCGGUGCUGAUAUCGGUCCUGAACCAACAACCGAUAUUUUUGCACAUGUGGAUUAUAGCGAGAAACCACAAACGAUAUCCGGUAUAACCUUGGCUUCCGAUAAGACUUAUCAAUUUCAGUCGUUAAAUAUAUUUGGUGAUGUAUUUUUAAACAAGUUGAGAGCUACACGUUUCAAAGCACCACUUUUGAAGUACAUUUCUAUCAUUGAUACACCUGGUAUUCUUACCGGUGAUAAACAGGUAGAAAAUAGAGGUUAUGAUUUUGCGAAAGUUAUCAAAUUUUUAUCCAACAAAGUUGAUUGCAUAUUUUUGCUAUUUGAUGCUAACAAGCUUGAUAUCAGCGAUGAAUACAAACAGGUCAUUCAAAUUUUGGAAGGUAAUGAAGAUAAAAUUAAAAUCAUCCUGAACAAAGCUGAUUGGGUUAGGCCACGCGAACUAGUUCACGUACGUGGUGCACUGAUGUGGGCACUUGGGAAAAUUAUGCGCUGUCCCGAAGUACCGAAAGUUUUCAUUGGUUCAUUCUGGCCAUAUUGGUCUGACAAAAAUAUUCUUUUGCGUGAUGCAAUUAAGGAAGAUUUAGCAGCUGUCGUUAAAGAAAUUGCUGAUUUGCCUAAUUCAUACCAUCGCAGACGUAUCAAUGAUGUCGCAAAACGAGCGAGAAAUAUACGAAUUCAUAGCUAUGUAAUGGAUGAAAUCGUAAGAAGAAAGCUAUUUUUCACCAAAACUCUAACAGCGACCGAUACGGAGACACAACCACACAAAUUGCGUAACGUUUAUAAGGCUUUAGCGUUAAGCCGACGAAUUGUCAUAAAUGAUUUUCCUGAUCCUGAACUGUUCCAUAUUAAAGCUAGGGCGACUAAAGCAAAAGAUUGGGCACGAAUUGAUCACAAAUUAGAAAAGUUACUCAAUUCAUUCAUUGAAAAUGACAUUUCAUUAAUUGCAAAUGCCGCAAUAAAUGAGAAAGAAUGCGAAGUGAAAUUUCGAGUGCCAAAGAAAAUACCGCUUCCUGAGGAUUAUAACAAAUUGGUAAAAAGCAAAAAAUUGCCUCAAUUUCUUGCUGAAAAUUCACAAAAUCAAUCAUCAGAAGAGCAGAAAAAAUUGCCUGAAAGGGAUUCAAAAGAAAAAAGCAUCAAGCAGUUAAAAAAUGAAAAAGUUAGAAGCAAAAGUGCAAAAGAUAAAAAUGGAAAAAGCAAUGAGCGAAGGGAAAAACAUGGUAAAAGAAUGAAAAGCUCCGAGGAAUCAAAUCAAAGAUCAAAAGAACGAAGUGUAAAAAGUGAAAAAGAUUCAAAAAGUGUGCAGAAGGAGAAUUCAUCAGGAAUUAAUAAACAUGAAGAAGGCAUUGAAAUUAAACAAAAAGAUGAAGGCAUUUCACGAUUGAAAAUGCAAGAAAGUGAUGGCGUUGGCAAUCAAAAAGAAACCGGCGAUUGA